AUGCCUAAUACAAGUCACAUCUCUACUUUUAUUCUCCUGGGAUUUUCUGACAAAUUUCAGCAAAAUAUAUUAUACUGUAUUUUGUUUUUCAUGAUCUACAUAAUAUCCUUAAUAGCAAAUGUUCUCAUCAUAUCAGUAGUGUCCCUCCACCAUCCACUCCAUACACCCAUGUACUUUUUCUUAGUCAAUUUAUCAGUUACAGACCUUGGUUCUAUUUCUGUGACUAUUCCCAAAGCCAUGAUAAAUGCUGCAUUGAAUAACAGAGAGAUUUCUUACUCUGGGUGCAUCGCACAAGUAUUUUUUUUAUUGUUCUUUGGGAUGUCAGAUUUUUUUCUUCUCACAGGCAUGGCAUAUGAUAGGUACAUUGCUAUCUGUGACCCAUUGCACUAUGAAAUCAUAAUGGAUAGGAAAACAUGUAUUCAGCUGGCAGUCAUUGCAUGGAUAGGUGGUCUUCUUUAUUCAAUAUUGCACACUUGUGGCACCUUUGCCAUCAACUUUUGUUCUAGUGUUCUCAAUGAUUUCUUCUGUGAUGUCUCACAACUUCUGAAAAUAUCCUGUGACAAUUCAUAUUUCAUUGAAGUUGCAUUUAUUAUAUUCAGUAUAGCUGGUAUUGCCGUUCCUUGCUUUAGUUUCAUAAUUGUUUCCUAUGUUCGGAUUUUCAGGUCUGUUUUUAAAAUUUCUACUUUGCAAAGAAAAAAUAAGGCAUUUUCGACUUGCAUUCCACAUCUUAUUGUUGUCUCCUUCUUUGUCAUCAUGGCAAGUGUUAAUUUACUAAAACCUCCUUCUGUCUCCCCUUCAAAUAUAGAAAUGGUAAUCACAAUAUUGUACUCUGUGGUUCCUUCUUUGAUGAAUCCUAUUGUUUAUACUAUAAGGAACAGGGAGAUCCAAGUUGCAUUGUGUGAUAUGUUCAAAUCUAUUAUUACAUCUAGGAAUCAAUUAUAG